ACAGAGACCUAGACAGUAAGAGAGACUGACUGACAGACAGACAGAUGGAGUUCUUUUAAAAGAACAUCAGAUAUUUUAGUAUUAAAAUUUAGAUACAGCUGAGUAGACAUUAAGUAAUAUAAUCAAUACUAUUAUCUUCGAUGCUAAUCUUCUAGCGAAUCUUUCUGGAGUAUUCAUCUUAGAACCAAAAACCUUAUCACAUUUUCCUAUAACUAUUUUUACGAUUGGGGAAGCCAAUAAAUAACUUGAAUUGUGCCGACAUUUACGUUUUAAUUUAUCGAUUCAUUUUAUUGAUGCCACUCUAUUGUUAAUAUUGAUUUCAAUACGACUACAAACAUAGAGAGACAGAAUGCAGGGUGUGACUGCCAUGGAGACAGCCCCAUAGUCAUGUAAUCAGAUCGAAGUUUUUUUUCAAAAAGAAGCAGUUACCUGCUCCACUUCAGGGACUCGUUUUUCCAGAAGAUCGCAGAGUGGACAUAGAUAGAUCUCUAAGACAUAUUAACAAGAAAAGUGAAUUGACCUGAAAUUAUUUUGAUCUUUUCUCAGUCUCCUUGAUCUAGAAAAUGGCUUCUGUCGGAUUUGAAAAACGUGGUCAGGGUCACGAUGUCCCUACCAUUACACAGCCAGGCAUGGUACCUCCUCCACAGUACGCGCCAUACCCUGGUCCACAACAGGCACCCUGGCCUCAGCAAGUAGGACCAUCCCAGCAAAUGAAUACAACCACCAAUAUAGUCAUCACAGGGCAGCCCGCAUCCAGUGGCCAGCCAGUUCAAAGAGACUGGAGUAGUGGACUGUGCGACUGCUUCACUGAUAUGGGCAGCUGUUGUCUUGCCUGGUGUUGCCCCUGCUGCCUACAAUGUGGACUUGCCCAGGAUAUGGGAGAAUCGUGCUGUGAGGCAUGUUUGUACAAUUGGUGUAACCCUGGAGCCUUGUUUGGCAUGAGAGUUUACAUUAGAGCCAAAGAAAACAUAAGGGGGUCAUUGUGUAAUGAUUUUAACCUGACCGGAGGAUGCUGUAGCUGUUGCUACUGCUGUGCCCUGGCACAACUGGCACGUGAGGUCAAGUACAUUAAGAGUACUAAAGGCUACGUCUGAAGAACUGGACAUUGUUUGACUACAUAUGUUUUUGUUCCUAAUUUUAUGUGUCGUUUCUUGUAGAAAUUGUUCUGAAAUGGAAAUUGUUGUUUAAAUUCUUGAAAAAAAGUUAAAGUUACACACCAUAAAAUCAGCGUUAGUGUAUUAAAAUAAAUUCAGAAUAAAGAUAAUAAUUAUGCACAAAAUC